CUCCUCCUCCUCCUCACCAGGAUGCAGGACUGGUGCUGAGCUCUGACUCCUCACUACGGACAAGUCUAGAUCACCAUCACCAGGACGCACGGGAAUCACGCACAGGAAUCCUCGUUUAUUUCGUAUGCUUUCUCGGAUCGCCCCCAUUCGAAUCCUUCACCGGCAGCAUGACGGACCUUGGUCUCGUCUUUUAGGGAGAACAAUGGUACGCUUCAAAUGUAUAUUUUUACUGAGCUGCAGCUGAGCUUUCAUUCAGAGUCCAAGUGGAUCCACACAGCGGGAUGGAUACAAAUUGGUUUGCAGUGCUCAAACUUUUUGCUGUUGGGAUUUUAGUCAAUGCCUGGUUGGUUGGAGGAUUGUCAGCUACGGAGAGUUCCAACAUCGAACCCACUUCUGCCCGGCCAAGGAGAGCCUGCAACGAGUCGCGCUUGGAGUGGGAAGUGGAGGUCUGCGGUGAAGACUUCAAGCGCAACAUGGCUCACAUAGACCCUCAGUAUUGGUGUAACCUCACUCACUUUAUCAGUGAGUACCAUGUCUUUACGCUCUGUACAGAGAACAAAUCCAACAUUGUCCACUGCUACUGGCCUAAUCCACUGGUGGAGAGAUACAUCAUCCGCAUACACAAGCAUUUUUUCUCCAACUGCACUUUGGAGCAGGUGGUAUGGGUGGACCCUCCUGACAACACGUUAACUAUCCUCAUCCUAAUUCCUGUUUUCCUCACCUUGGCCAUGAUUGUCCUGGUGGUGUGGUGCAGCAAGAGGAGCGACAACCUAGCUUAGAAGGAGAGGGAGACGGUAUACCGUUAUGUAAGAGGGGAGCUGGACUGUGAAUACAAGACAUCAUCAGAACAUCACUGUACAAAAUGAAGCAGUGUUCGAAAGUUUUGGGAGGUUGAUUUAGACGGUAAUUUGAUCUGCAGAUGUUCCAGCAAUCCACCACCUAAAGAUAACAAUAAAAAGUUGAAACAUUGUGGGUGCUUUCACACUAGCAUCAUGUAAUCAGUUUUCAUCAAACUCUAGUUCAUUUUGCCCCUCAGUGCGAUUAUUUGCUCAAGUGUAAAUGCAGUAAUUGACCAAAUCAACCGGUUCGAGGUCCAAACAAACUGGCACCGUUCAGUUGUGUUGAGAAAGGGAUCCGAUCUCGAUCUGAUCCACAUGGCAAAUCAGAUAAGACCUAAAAGACAUAACAGUGAUGUAAAGACAUACAACAUUUGUUUUCCUGUUUAGCAUAUUAGCAGUUUGCAUGUUAAGUGAAAACAGAAUGUCUUUUUUGGACAAUCAAGAUGCUCACCAAGUUGCUGGUCUCCUGUAGCCUGUUGGAUUGCCAAGAUAAGUAUUAAAGCUAUCGGAAAAAGCCAGUUUUGUGUUACGUUAUGUUGUUUUCCUUUCUAGUCUGUACACCAAAACAUUGCUCCUUUUUAGAGCGUUAUCACACAGGAUUUGUUGUGAUUAAUUUUGGUUUGUUUGUAUUUUUAUUCUUUUUUUUUACCAUGUGAAAAUGAAUCAAACCAUGAUGAAGCGGAUGCAGUUUCCUGAUUUGGACCCAAGAACGCAAACUCUUGGUGUGAAAGCACUCUAAAUGUUGCAGACCGUUAUAUUUGUAUCUGUCUCUAGCUCGGGUCGCAUUAGAUAAGACAAACAAUGCCAACCUGGAAACCUUAGCCCAAUUACAUAAUGUAUCGCCAGUCUUGUCCUUUGGCAUCAUAAAUGACACUAGGGGCUUUUAAUUAACACCAACAUAAACCAAUCAAAGUCUACAUAAUACAGUAUCUUCCUAGAUAGGCUAAAUUAUAUUAUUUUGGGUAAUUCUGUUGAUUUUGUCAAAAGUCCAUUUUAAAACAAAACACAACCUUUGUCUAAACCCGCUCACUGUUGUGGCUAAACCCAUAGUGAUAGUUGAUGGUGUGAAUAUCAUACCAAACCAUCAUGUUCAUUGACUUUAUUUGCAGUUGCAAAGCAUGGUGGGAACCACAAAAGAGACAAUAGUCUCCCACCCAAACAUUAAGGCCACAAAGGUCUUGUCUCAAGCCUCCUGUGCCAUUUACGGAUUUCAAAGGUUUAAAGUGAGGAUUCAAAUCUAUUUCGGAACUAUUCCAUUCCACUUCUAUUUGUACAAACGACAACAUGGUUUAUCAAAACUGGUAGAUAGAGUUUGCUACCUUCCAAUCAUGAAGGUUGAGGUUUUUUUGUGUGCUUUAUAUUAAGCUGUUCAUCCAGGCACUGGUUGCUAAUCUAACUCUGGAAAGAGUUCAUGUAUAUUUGCCAAAAUUUGAAACUAUUUAUUGUAUUUGCCUUAGAGUUAUAUGUGCAUAUCCAGUGCGAAACAAUAUGACCUGUUUAGGUUUUGAACACUUCGAUGUAGAAAACGACUGGGCAGACCGAGAUCAGUGACCUUGGACGUUCUUGUCAGUCAGCGCACUGUAUUCUAGCGGACGGCCAAAGUAUCUGGUGAUGGAACUCUUUCUACUCAUGGGAAAUAAGAUUCCCAAAGGACAACAUUUGAAACAUGAUACAUGAAAGGAUGAAAAGGACCCUAAACAUGGACUUAAAGGGAUUCUGCAAGUUUCCACUCACUGCUGAGUUACUCAUGGGGCAGUCGUCACUGGAAAUGACAAACAAACAUGAGACAACACUAUGAUUCAACUAUUUUGAGUCUCUUGUGGCUGUUUUAUAACAGUGUAACUUAUCAGACACUGAAGAAUAAAAUACUGUUAAUACACUGAGA